GAAGAAUGUUAGUAAUAAAAAUCAAAAAAUGAACUAUUUUUAAUCUUUACUAAUACUAGAUGCAUAAUUAUCUACAGCAUAUCAUAACAUAAUAAUUUAUUUUAAAAUUCUUUUAUAUACUUUUGAUUUUAAAUUGUUAAUUCUUAUUAAAAAUAGAAAUUUUAAUAAAUUAAAAUUUUUUAUUGUAUUUCGUAUUAUGUAAAUGAAAAAAAAUCUUUUUGUAUAUAUUAUAUAGUAUUUAUACAUAUUACACAAUUCACAUAGAAUAAACUUAAAUUCAUUAUAGAACUAAUAAAUGUAUUAGAAAAUAAAAUAAAUAUGAUGAUAAAAUUGAUUUAAUAAAAAAACAUUUAAAUUGAUAAAAUAUAAAAUAUUUAAAAUGAAAAUAAAAAAUUAUUUAUACGGGGUAAAGAACCAUAUAAAGACACCCCUGAACGUUAGGUUAAGAUGGCGGAUUACAAGGAAUAGAUAACUGGCCAGUAAUAAUUCUAAAAUAAAUAAUACUUUUAAGAAUGCAUAGAUUACUGAGCCAUUUAUAUUCGCGAAAAUGAUAUUUUUCCUACGAUAUUUCAUACAAAUAGUUCAUAGAUUCGCAUCAUUUACAGAACUAGCGUGAAAAUGUGGGUACAACAAGGGAUUUGGCCGCCGUAAACACGCUUCUGAUCGAGUGCUACAAUUUUCGUUAAUUUUAUCACGGCGGCAAGCACUCCUCUUUAGUAAAUUGUAAAUAAUUGUAAAUUAAGCACCAGGCAACGAAGCACCAGCACGAAAGGAUGCUUUACUUGGAAGAUUAUGUUGAAAUGCCAAAUUAAAUACCGCGUAAUAUGAACAAUUACUUGACAUACUGUUCUUCAUAAAUUUUAGUGAUCGAGCACCUUCCUCAAGAAUUAAGAGACCGGUUCACAGAAAUGAGAGAAAUGGACUUAGGUGUACAGAAUUCAAUGGACAGUUUAGAAAAAAAAGUAAAGAUUUUUUUCGCAAAUGCAAAGAAAAUGAAACCUAGUGAAAAGGAAGCAGAAUAUGAAGCUAUUAGAAGAGAAUAUUAUAAAACUCUGGAAGAUGCAGAUGAAAAGGUGCAUUUAGCCAAUCAGAUGUAUGACUUAGUAGAUAGAUAUUUGAGGAGAUUAGACCAGGAACUGCACAAAUUUAAAAUGGAAUUAGAAGCAGAUAAUAAAGGUAUCACAGAAAUAUUGGAGAAAAGAUCACUGGAAUUAGAUCAACCACCUACAAAUAGUAGUCAAAAAGAGAAUCGAUAUAGCUUUACAACAUCCAGUAGGUCACGAGACAAUCAUAGUCAUUCUCGAGCAGAAAAAAGAAGAGAUUCAAAUGCAUCUUCUACAUCAAUAGAAAAACGCUUAGCUAUAGAAAAAAUUUCACCAAGUCUUCCUGAAUCGCGACCAGCUUCUGUAAAUUCAGGACCAAUUAUUGCGGCUACUAGCGUGCCAUCUACCCCUACAGCAAUCGCGAAUUCUGUUGGUUCAGUGAGUUAUAAUCUCGGUCAUAUAGGAGCUGGUGGAAAUGCCAUAGCAGCUGCAGCAUCGCAAGCAAUUGCUGCGACGCAACAAAUGCAACAUGGCAGACGUACUGCUAGUUUAAAAGCUAGUUACGAAGCCAUCAAUACUGGAGGUAUACAUGCAGCCGAAUUUAGUAGAGAAUUAGCUGGUGCUGCCAUUGCAGCUAUACAAGAAACAAAUAAAAAACAUAAAAAAAAAGUAACAACUGCUGUACCAAGUUCAAGUGUAGUUGCUGCUUCAGUUCAACAACCAGUAUCACCUCCAGUUAUAACUACAAAUACACAAGUCGUAGAUUCUGAUAAUCCAGAUUGGACUUAUGAUCCAAAUGAACCAAGAUAUUGUAUAUGUAAUCAAGUAUCUUAUGGAGAUAUGGUUGCCUGUGACAACUCAGACUGUCCUUUUGAAUGGUUUCACUAUCCAUGUGUGGGUAUCACUGCACCUCCAAAAGGAAAGUGGUACUGUCCUCAAUGUACAUCUUCUAUGAAGAGACGCGGAGGUCGAAAAAACUGAUUGUGCUAUAAUCAGUGCAAAUAUAAUGAGAAAAAAUUGAUACUACCUCUUAGGCAUUGUCCGUCAAGUACCAACUUAGUUAGGAAGCUAUUAAUUCUGAUUUUAUAUGACUUUUUAAAUAUGUUUAAAGUUUAAGUCAUGAUCUUAUCUGGUCUUAAUCUUGUCCCACAAAACUUAAAUUUCUGUUUUUACAGCAGAAAAGAGCAGUUUUUUUUACUGCGUUUUGUAGACAUAAUGAAAGGAUCAAAUGGUGUAAAAAGUUGGCUUUAAACAAAUUCUGUUACAUAAAAAAGAUUUUGACAUACAAAUAUUGCAAUUAUUUUUUAAUACUUUUUGCACCAUUCUAUACCGUGACCACUAGAUAGUUUACAAAUUUACAUUGAAAAAUGAUCUUUUCUUCUGGUAAAAUACAAUACGAUCCAUUGACUGAAAUACCAGAGGUGAUUUUCAUUGUGAAUUUUUCGAAAUUUAUGUUUUUAGUUCACGCAAUAUCGAGCAAUUUUCGUAUAUUUACGUCCUCGUGUUAGUUCAGACGUGCUUAGUAUCUCGCUGGAUUGACGACUAUGCGAGCAAUAACAUUUUAAGUGUUCUAUGCUUUAAGAAAAAAACAAAACAAACGAAAGAUAGAGAGAAAAGCGAUAAUAAAUUGUGAGAAUACUACUUUCGAAAUGAAGGAAUGUAGCAACUUGAUGUAUAAAUAAAUUGAACAAUGCAGAUUUA